AUGGGCACAGCCGUGUCCAAAAGGAAGACGCUUAGGAACGAGGCCAUGUCGUCCGUGGCGGCCAAAGUGAGAGCGGCGAGGGCUUUUGGAGAAUACCUUUCACAAAACCAUCCUGAAGGCAGAAAUGGCUCAGAUCACCUGCUAGCAGACUCCUACAUCGGGCAGGAGGACUCCCCUGAGAUGCAGCAGGUGGCCCAGAACAAGCGCAGGCUCUCGGUCAUCUCGGACGGCAAAUUCGAGAGGAGCUUCACCGAGGAGCAGGCGGAGAAGCUGCCGAGCGAGGGCCCCAAGCCACGAGUCUACACCAUCUCUGGGGAGAGGCCAAUGCUGUCAGAGCACGAGAACGACAGCAUGGAGCUGGUGGUGAUGAAGGGAGCUGCCCACGAGGAGUGUCACCAUGGGCACCACGCGCACGGCGCCGCCGGCUCGCACGGCGUCCGGCACUGCAAGGCCUGGCCCGGCGGCCGCCAGGGCUCCAAGGAGUGCCCCAACUGCUCCAGGCUGGCUGCCCCUUCCCAGCAGUCCAUUGAGCUGGAGCAGCACCCACCUGGUGAGGCUGGGUGGCACAGGAAAAGGCUGGAGAGGAUGUACAGUGUGGAUCGAGUGUCUGAUGAUGUCCCCAUACGAACCUGGUUCCCAAAGGAGAACCUCUUCAGUUUUCACACUGCUACCACAACUAUGCAAGCGGCGUUCAGGGGCUACGCAGAGAGGAAGAGACGGAAACGAGAGAAUGAUUCUGCAGCUCUUAUCCAGAGGAAUUUUCGGAAGCACCUCCGCAUGGUGGGGAGCCGAAGGGUUAAAGCACAAACAUUUGCCGAACGGCGUGAGAGGAGCUUCAGCAGGUCCUGGAGUGACCCGACUCCCAUCAAAGCUGAUUCCUUCCAUGACUCUCGAGAAAGCCAUGACCUUCAGGAUUCCUGCGGGACUCUGGAUGGUGACUUUGACUUGAACUGGGAAGCAGAAAAGGAACUUGAAGCCAUGGCAUGUGACGGAGAAGACUUUAUUCCACCAAAAAUAAUGCUCAUCUCUUCCAAGGUGCCCAAAGCAGAGUAUGUCCCAACCAUUAUCCGCAGGGACGACCCCUCCAUCAUCCCCAUCCUCUAUGACCAUGAACAUGCCACCUUUGAUGACAUCCUGGAGGAAAUAGAGAAGAAGCUGAACAUUUAUCGGAAAGGCUGCAAAAUCUGGAAGAUGCUGAUAUUUUGCCAGGGAGGCCCCGGGCACUUAUACUUGUUAAAGAACAAAGUCGCCACUUUUGCCAAAGUGGAGAAGGAGGAAGAUCUGAUCCUCUUCUGGAAGAGGUUGAGCAGGCUGAUGAGUAAAGUCAAUCCUGAACCAAAUAUCAUCCACAUCAUGGGCUGCUAUGUUCUUGGAAACCCCAAUGGGGAGAAGCUAUUUCAGAAUCUGAAAAACUUAAUGAAUCCUUAUAGGGUUGCCUUUGAGUCUCCACUUGAACUAUCAGCUCAAGGUAAGCAAAUGAUUGAGACUUACUUUGACUUCCGCCUUUACCGCCUCUGGAAGACCCGCCAGCACUCCAAACUGUUGGAUUACGAUGACAUUUUAUGAGCUGGAGAAGCCUUUGCAAGAGGAAGCUCAUCACCAGUGUCCAAGAAGUCAUGCUUUAUUGCAGAGAGACUUUUUUAUUGGCACGGGGAGCCCUUCACAGCCCUACAGGAGGCAGCAGUGCUAAGGGGAGGGAAGGAGGAGCCCUCGGAAGCGCCGGCAGGAAAAGGCUCCUGGGCCAAGAGAGACUGGAGGGAAGGGGGUGACAGUGACACCUCGCUGGCCUCAGUCCGAGCCCCGGGCCUCAGGAGGAGCUGUGUGAAACGAGGACAGGAUGGAGUUCCUGGCAGAACUGAGCUGUUUUGGGUCAGAAUGGGCCAGAUUUGAUUCCAGGUCCUUUUAAAGACUUUUGAAGCUCAGGUUUUCUUACAAAAAAAACCACACAAACCCAAUUAACCCAUGCACUACAGUGAAGAAGUCACCAGAGCACAGAGGGAGCAGGGGCUUGUCCUGGUGGGACUUUCUGUGCUGGGAGUCCUGGAGAGCAAGGACUGCUACACCUACUCCUGCAAGCUUAGAGCAAGAUGAUCCCAUUUCCAUGUGAAUAUAUACUGGGAUAUAGAAUUGAAAUCUUCUUUUUUGUUUGUUUGUUUUGUUUAAUAGAAAAUAAGUGCAAUUUUUAUAGCGAGGGAGGGGGAUAAAAUCUCUCCUGAUAUUUAAUUAGUUAAAAAUAACACACCAUAACCAAUAGAUGAGGUAUUUUUGGUCUGCUUGAAAAUAUAUUCAGAAUGGUAAUAUAUCUUCUGUAGACAUAUUUAAUCACCAGCAAACAUGGUUUUAACAUAAGUUAGCAGACCCUGCAUGUCUGCUGCAUUGGUUUGGUUCCUUUCAGAGUAGCUGUGCUGCACUACCUGUACGUGCUCUCACCAAUGUGUAGUUCUCCUCCAGUUAGCCACAACUUCAUUACUUUCUAUUUUGCUGCUUGCAAAACUAUGGAACUUUAGUUUUGCUGAAAUACUUUAGGUUAGAAACACGGGACCUGGCUGGGAAUCCUCUGUCAGGCUCGCUUUGGUAUAAAAAAGAAUUAGAAAUUAAUAGCCAUGGUAAUUAAUUGUUCAUGCCAGUGUUUUGCUGUGUGUUGGGAGAGGAGCUCUCUUCCUGUGUGGAGACCCCUCUGAGGGGGCUGAGCACCGAGGCAUUUGGGAGAAAUGCUUCUGGAGGGACACAGCACAGGCUUGGAGCAUGAGUUUGACUCUUUGUUCACUUGAUUGCCAGUUGUUUGUGCAUAACCCACCCCUUUUCCCUGACCUGUGUCUUGGUCUGAGCUGCUCAGCCCCUCCCUGUGGAGGACAGAGAAAACCCUGAGCUCUGUUAGAGCAGCCUGAGAGCCCAGGUCUGUACUUGAUAUUUGAUGGUACCUUUUGGAAUCUAUUUAUUUUUUGUUUGGUUGGGUAAGGGGGUGCUUUUUUUGGUUUUGGGAAUGGGGCUUUUUUCACAUUCUGCUGUCCUUUCAGAGGACAAAUAGUACUUAGAGUCUUUGUAGGUCACUGGCAAUUCUGGGAGGUGACACAAGUUAUUUCUUUGACAAGCAAAGGAAGGAACAGGGAAGGAUUACCUUAUUUUCCUGAUUUCCUGCUAUCUCAAAUUUGUUGAUUGUGAAGUGAAGGAAAAUAGAUGUACAAAUUUUCUUUUAACUACUUACAAAGAGAACUUGGUGUUCUGAUCUGUAGAGUCCUCCUUCCCCUGUGCCAUACCUGUGGUUGUGAUUUUGGGGAGCAGGCCCCAGGCUAGAACUGCUGAACCCUUUACAUUUAGAGCAGUUUGAUAGCAAAACUUUUGAAGAAAUAAUGUACAUACAGUAAGGAGAGGAAUGGGUGGAGAGAGGUAUUUAAAGUCACUGAAAGCCACACAGACAGGUGUGGGCUGUUGCCUCCCCCAGGUUGGGAGCUUUGGUAGCCACAUCUCAUCCCUGGACUCAGUCAGCUUUGCCAGACUUACAGUGAAGGGGAGAACAGGCACCAGUCUGUAGCUUUUGGAAGAAAAUUAUGCCAGAUAUAAAAGAAAAAGAACCCCAAAUUUAUGCCAAUUACUGUUUAACAUUGGAGCUUCCACCAGCUCUGUGUGAGAGGUGGGAGCCAGAGGUGCCCUGAAAGCACAAAGUCAUGUUAUCUGGAGAAGGAAAUGGUUGUGGGAAGAUUAAAAUGCUGACACAAAACUCUCUCCCUUUCUGACCCUUUCACCUCCUGACUGGAGACAGGCAAACUGUUCUUCCUUUCUCAAAUCCCAAUUCAGUGAACUUGGUAGCAUGAAUGUAGCAUUGUGCAACUAUUGAAAAUCUUAUUUAACCCCCAAAGGGCCCAUUUAUGUAUCCACUUGAGUGAUUUCUCUGUAGAAUUGUUGUAUAUCCUCACUGACCACUUGUAGUACUUGGGGUGCAAAGUAGAAGGUAGAUUGUACAGUAAUUUCUGUGUUGGAAUGGACAUUAUGGACUGUUCUCCUGGUGCAGUUUAUGGGAUAUGACAACUGAUGAAUGCAUUUCUCUCCAAAGAUCUAUAUUCCUCAUAGCUUGUGAUGUUUAUGACAUGAACAUAUUUUUUCCUUUCUUUGUAGCAUUCAUAUGCCUAAAGAGAUGAAAUUCUCUCAGAGCUGUGACUGGAAUAGAGUUGUGAUGUUUGAUGUCCUGUGUGCAGCAGCAUCCUUGCAGUUAACCACUGGUGACAGAGGAAAACGCUUUUAUUCCCUUUUUUCACUGGUGGAGUUUUUCAGGUGGCUGCUGGGAAGGGAAGGGGUUAGCAGAGGCAAAUAAAAAUUGUAAUUAUUUUAAAAUUUA